CGGAAGCGUCAGGGCAGACGUUCUGCGGAUCUUCAACUCCUCGUAAUAAAAGCUCUUAGGAGCUCUUCAUCAUCAGGAAAGCUGUAUAAGCAUUGGAUUGACGGGACGGAAGGAAGCAGUGCGUCGUAUGUGGAGCUGCCUGCUGAAAUCGCCAUGAGUUACAAACCCAUCGCUCCUGCGCCGUCCAGCUCCAACCACACUCCACCAGGCUCCUCGGUGCCGUCUCCAUCCCUCCCAUCGUCGUCCAACUUUAGGCCAGCUUUCAGUGACUUUGGUCCACCUUCUAUGGGUUUUGUUCAGCCCGUCAAAGUGUCCCAGGGCUCCACCUACAGCGAACUUCUGUCCGUCAUCGAGGAGAUGAGCCGGGAGAUCAGGCCUACGUACGCUGGGAGCAAGAGCGCCAUGGAGAGGCUAAAGAGAGGUAUUAUCCACGCCCGAGCACUGGUCAGAGAGUGUCUUGCAGAAACGGAGAGAAGCGCCCGCACAUAACCUUUUCUGAAGAAGACCCCCACCAUAUGCUCAGUCUUUCCUCAUGAGUCCCAUUGGAUAUUUUUCAACCCCCCGAUGAUUUUUGUUGAAACGCUCUGUGUUCAACGUUUAACACAUUUCAUCACAUUCAUUUUGUCAACGUCACGCAGCUUUUUAAAAACUAAAAUUCUAAGACUGGGUGGUUUCAUCUCCCCGAAAAUCAAAUCAUGACAGAACAGUUUAAAAAGUCGUCUUUUUAACUAACACCCCCCC